UUCAAAGCCAAGACUAAACCAAACCAAUUUCCUCACUCUCUCUUUGUUGCAUUUGCCUGCUUUGCUUAGUGUGUGUCUCUUUUGUUUGUGCUCUGUUUUUCAAUAGGUGAUUCCUCUUUGCUCAUAGAAAAAGCUUUCUGCUUCUCAAAAACAGAGCGAGUUUUACAAAAAUGUAUGCAGAUACUGGUUUAUUGCUUCCCUAUAUGCAGAAUUUCUCUCAAGAUAUUCAGCAACUUGAAGAGUACUGCAACUAUAAGAAGACCAAUGCUUUACUGAGCAACAUAUUUCAGACCUCUACCAUAUCAGAAUAUGACCUCGGAGGAGAAGGGGAUCUAUUCAAAGCACCAGAACCAAUCAUUGAAGAGCCACUUGUGGGCCUUGAUCCCAUGACAGCAGCCCUUUCAAUGAUCUCCUGUGGGGAAGAAGUCAUCUCCUCUCAAGGACUAAAGGUAGCAGAUAUUGAAUCAAUUGAAACUGAGCAGCUCCUGAGUGAGAUUUUCUAUGAGUGCAAGAAGGACCUCAUGGAAAAAGCAGCCAUAGAAACACCACUCUCAGAGAUUCUGGACAUUAAAAUUCCUGUCAUGCGGGUUGAUGAAAACCAGGUUCAAGAGAACAAAUUCCUUCCCGAUGCAUCAUUACCAAAAAGUGUCAGCUCAGGAUGCUUGAACUCAAUGGAGUGGAUGCAAGGAGCUGCAGUGAAGCCGAAUUUUCUGGAUUUUUCUGGAGUGGAUCUUGGAACUGCUUAUGGGAUGAGAAGAGCAUAUAGCGAUGGAGAUAUAAAGACUCUUGGUAAUGGGAACAUGGGACUCAUCCAUUCUCCCCUUGAUCAGCCAUUCAUUAUCAGCGGCUGCACCACUGAAGACCGCAGGGAAAAGCUUUCCAGGUACAGGAAUAAGAAGACAAAGAGGAACUUUGGCAGGAAAAUUAAGUAUGCUUGCAGGAAGGCUCUUGCGGACAGUCAACCAAGGAUCCGAGGAAGGUUUGCAAAGACUGAAGACUCUGAUGUUUCCAAGAGGCAAUAGCUUUCAACUAAUCCAGGAAGAAAAGGAGUAGCGUGAAAUCGUUGGGUUAUGCAGUAAUGAAAGAAAGUAGUAAACUAAGUCUGGAAAAUAGAUUUGGCGGAAGCUAAACAAGUAUUGUAAAAUAAACCAAAUCCCCCAAAUUCUGCUAUGUAGUCGACUGUUAUUUGCUAUAAUAACCUUCUCAGUCGACCAAAAUGGCCAAGUAGAGUUGUACAUAAGGCUGUGUUGAAUAAAAAGAGCCAGCGGAAAGCGGAAAAGUACUUGUUCACGUGUUA